AUGCCCAUCGGUCUACUCUCCCUCUCCACCGAGCUCCUCACCAUCAUCAUCGCCUUCGUCGCCGAGACCUCCCCGCUCCGCUGCCUCCGCCUCACCUGCUCCCGCCUCGCCGCCUCUGCCGCGCCGGAGCUCUUUCGGUCCUUCGUUGUCCGACCCAGAGGGCUUUCCGUCGCGCGGUUCCACGCGCUCCUCGAUGUCGCCUCCCCUUAUCGGCCACGUACGCUCGUCCGCCGCGUAGUGUUCGAAUUUAACAAGAGGCGGCAAGGCAACUACCUCGAGGGCUGGGAGCCACUGUUUGCGACGCUCCUGGGUGAGUGGCGCGCGGCGGUGGCGCGGCUCGCGGAGCUGGAGAAUGUACAACACGUGUGCGUGCGUUUCCGGCCAAAUUGCCUAGGCAUAGACUUCACGGGUAUAGGGCUGAGGCGCAACAUCCUGAUCGCCGUAUUCGAAGCCAUUGCGAGCAUGCGUCAGCCGCUUCGCUCUCUUUCCAUUGAAAAUCUACUCAACUUUGUCGACACCGCCUUGACCGACAAGCCGUGCUUCACCGAGGUCGUCACCAGUAUCCAGGAACUGCACAUCAGCAUCGCCGCCGAGAUCGACGAGGGCGAUCACUUAAACCCCACCACCUUGCCCCCCCUCCCGCGCUUCUGGCCCCUCUUCGCCUCCGUCUGGCUCGCGCCCGCCGCUCCCCGCCUCAGCUCCUUGACCAUCUACUCCAACAUCCACUUCGGCGCAGUACCUUAUUGGCAGGACUGCUUCUCUUCGGCCGCCAGCCCAGACACAGUCGCGCUCGCGUUUCCUCGCCUGCACAGCCUGGCGCUCGGCAGAUACACGCUCGCGUCUGAGGCGCAGAUUGACGACUUUCUCGUAAAUGCCACCGUCCUUCCUGAGCUGCGGCGACUGACACUGGAUGACUGCUCGAUCAUGAGCCACCUGUCCGUGUAUGAGUCGGGUGAGAGGUCGCCGGUGCACCGGAAGGAGCUCAGGAUGAUCAAGAUCAUGUCGCUCGGUGGAGAGCCCCGGCACAUUAUGGCGUCGCGGUUGCGCUGGGAUACCGUAUUUGACCGGCUCCGCGAGGGGCUGCCGUCGCUCAAGAUGUUCGUCUUUACCAGAGGACCCUGGCAGGACGACGCGGCUUUUAGCGAGCGCGACUUCAACAUCUCGCAGUUUUUGACGAGGCGCUAUCUGAGCUACCAUGAAGGCGUUUCGCCGUCGCAAUUUAUAGAGCCAGUGCCGGAGCGAUACGAUGAACCAGCCGAUGGAUAUGUGAAACACUACAAUGAAGCAUUCUUCUAUUAUGACGAUAGGGAUGCAUCGCAAAGGAGGGACCCCAUAUAUGACGAGACUUUGAAUCCGCCGUCCAACGACCUAAAAGUCUACAGGGCUGAGCUGGAAGCGUUCAACAGGCUGAAUGAAGCCUUGUUUCAGCGCCGACAGCUCUCAUAG